AUGAGACAAGACCAGAAGGUUGAGGACACCGCAGCCGAUGGCCUGGCCGCUCUGCUGGACGCCGGGCCCGACGCCGUGGUGACCCUGGUUGCAGGCGGGACCCGGCUGGCGGCGCACAGAGCCGUCCUUGCGGCCAGGAGCCCCGUCUUCGCAGACACCUUCCGCCGCUUCUCCCUGGAGGCCACCGGCGGCCGGGUCGCAGUCUCGGGUGUGGAGGGCCCUGUGCUGCGCCAGCUGCUGGCCUACCUGUACACGCUGCAGGCCCCCCGGGUGCCCGGCACGGCCCAGCAGCUGCUGGCCGCCGCUGAUAAGUUCGGCCUGCCGGGCCUGAGGGCACAGUGCGAGCAGCAACUGGCCGCCGAUCUGUCCGUCGAGACUGCAGCCGCCACUGCGGUUCUCGCGAUCAGCAACUCCUAUGUCAGCCUGAGGCAGGCCACCAUUGACUUCAUAAAGGCCCAUUCCGCCCUGGUGAUGGCGACACGGGGCUGGUCUGAAGCGUGGCGCUCCCAUCCCAAUGUUAUGGACGAACUGACUAGCCUCCUGUCGAAGCUCACAGUAGAAACCAGGUAA